GGAAAUGGAUAAAUAGUGAGAUUACAUAUUGAACAUUUUAUCUGGUCAUGUUUUAUGUGUGGGGUUAUACAUAUAACUAAUAAUUAUUAAGAACAUUAAUUAAUGCAUUAUUAUUAUUAUUUUCUUUUUUGCACCACCAGUGACACAGCAUGUCUGACGAUCAACUGAUAGAGACAGACACGACCCAGCUCAUAUUCUCCGGUCUCCAACAAGAUGACGACUGGGAGAGUGACCACGAGGUGCCGCUGCCCAGGCUCCUCUCUCCUGAGGCCCAGUCCAUCUCCAACAUACUGGAGAACUGCAUCAGUCAAAUAGAGAUCGCAGCAUCUCUGCCUGCCGUCCAUAAGUCAGAACACCCGUCUGCUGAGGUACGUGAUGAGCUCACAAGGGCUCUUGAGGUCCAUCAGAUAUUAACCGAAAAGCUGGAAAAAUCUAAUGGUCUCAAUGAGGAGCCAGGUGGACCACCAGAAAAAGAACUUGCAAAAAGGAGAAGGAGGGCUCAGCUUGAGAGGGACUUCAAGUACUCUGUCAGGGAUCUGCUAAGGUUGUUCCGAACCCACCCUGAUGCCAUUUUGGGGUUUAAGCCAGACGUGGACAUGGAAUUAGGAGAUGCUGAGCACACGCUCAGCUUAGGGUUAAAGCAAUUUCAUGGACACAUGAUAGUCAGGUUGCAGACCAGCCCGGAAGAGGAAAUACUGCUAGCCGUCGAGACGGUGUCACCUGACACGGAUAUGAUCGUCAAAUUGGAAGAAACAGCUGCAGCCAUCAUCCAAAAAGAUGCGGAGAUUUCCAAGAAGACAGAUGACCUCAGCAUUUUGGAGCGCCGGCUUCAGGAGAGCCAGACGAAAGAAGUGGACUGGUGGCUUGUUGCAGACAAACAGUGUCAGUCCCUCAUUAAGACUUCGCAGGUGAAGCAGGCCAGCUUCCAGCAGGAAAUAGACAAACUUAACAUUCGCCUCCACACGAUGACGCUGAAAUACAGAGAGGGCGAGAAAGUACUACAAGAGAUAAACGAGAAUGUGGAGAUGGAAAUGGAAUACUUGAUCCAAAAGUUUGAUGAUGAAAUAGAAGAGCACCAGGCUGAGCUGGAGUUAUGUCAGAUUGAUGUUGAGAGGGAAGAAGGAGAAUGCAACAGACUGGAGAAGCCCUAUGCUGACCUAGAGAAGGAGUACAACCGCAUCAUGGAGAAGCGGCGGUUGGCGGAAGAGAAAAGAGUUACCGAGUUGAAGCUCAAAGUCACUCUUUAUUGCCAGUCCUGGUGGAGGGGCUACUGUACCCGCCGGGAGUUGGCUCUUAAUCCCAUGAAGCCGAACAAGAAGGGCAAAAAGAAGGGCAAGGGGAAGGGCAAGGGGAAGAAGAAAAAGAAGUAGUCCCAAAAUAAAAUGACAACAAUACUGUGUGAGCAGCAUCAGGUUUGUAGUAUGGGAUACAUGCAUUAAUGGAUGUUUGAUUAUUACUAAUCAAUGUCGAUGGGGCACAGGCGACUGAUAUGUUGGGUAUACCAGCUGCUGCUUUGUGACCACAAGAUGGCGAUAUCGUACUGCUGAAUAUUCAAUGAGAGGCGGUCACUGAUUAACUUUCAUAAGGGUUUUAAAUACCCUUAUUUUUUUAAUAAAGCAGAUUAAAAAAAAA